AUGCUGAUAGAAGGUGACUUUGUCUUAUUAACAGUUUCAUUGUGCAAAGGAAUCACCCGUUUUGGUAUGAAAGGGAAACUUGUGCCAAGAUACAUUGGAUUAUUCCAAAUCGUGCAACGAGUCGGUGUCGUUGCUUAUCGACUCGCCUUACCACCUGAGUUAUCUCACAUGCACAAUGUGUUCCAUAUUUCUAUGCUUCAUGAGCAUAAACCUGAUUCAGAAGUUAUUGUACAAUUGUACAAUGUGCUGAUCCAGUAUGACAUGACUUACGAGGAAGCACUAGUUCAAAUUCUCGAUCGAAAGAUGAAGAGUUUACGCUGUCAUGAGAUUUCGCUAGUGAAGGUGUUGUGGCAACACCAUGGCAUGGAGGAAGCGACGUGA